AUGCCGCAGGGCGACGAUCGCUUCCCACAACCCACCAUACAAUUGCUUUCGCCCUCGCCCACCUCCCACCGACCCUAUCGUGCCUCGGGAUACAUCGCCGCCCCUACCAUCACGACGACGACGACGACGAAGACGACGAAAACGACGACGGCGAACCCUUUUGCCGCCGCCGCCGCCGCCGCCGCCGCUGCUGCUGCGACACCCGAGGCCUCUGCCUCCGUCUCCCCCACCGCCUCGACCGUCAACCGCCAGGCCCCGGGUUCCCAGUCCAGCAACCCUCGCUACCAUCCUGCUUCGCCAACCCUCACAAACUUCAGUCCGGGAGGGCAAUGGACAACGCCUGACAUAAGUCGUUAUGGUUUGACGUAUAGCGACCCAACUUGCGAUCCUUCAUUUGACGCCCUCUCCACGUCCCUCUUGACGCCCACAUCAGAUCCCACCUCCCCGACUGUAUACAACAACGUCGCAGGGCAAGCGCCAGUCGGACCAAGAGUCGGGCGCCGCGCAGACACAGCCCUCGCCUCUCAAGAGGCCGCGGACUCGCCUGGGACCGCCUCGGUUCAUCUCCCUUCCCAAGCAACCUCACCCUUCCGCCAUUCUGGCGAGGCGAAACCAAGGGCUCAUCUCCCCUCUCUUCUUUUCCUCCUCCAACCGACGACAGAUGCCCCUCGACCGAAUCCUCUGCCCCCCUCAGACGCCGCAGCUGUCCUGCUGGCCCGUUUGAGGGAGGAUAACGAGGGAGUCCACACUGUUCGACUCCCCCGCGGCACCGUUCAUGCGCAAGGCCCAGCCAGAUCCGGCAGCACUCCGGGGAGUAGUAGCUUGUCUUCGUCCGCAGAUGCGACGAUUACGUCUUCUGCAAAAAGUCCAAACAGCCAAAAUCUUCCGCAAGGACUGCAAAUACUGAGAGGAGUCGGAGUAGUGGAGCUCCUGGAGCAGGACGAGCGUCCGACCUUCAUCAUCGAUCUUGCGAAUCCAGUCAACACGCAAAAGUCGGGACUGCACUUACUCUAUGCCAAUGCGGCACUCCGGGCAUCGGCGGGCGUUCUGGAGCUACUGUCUGUGGAGGGCGAAGACGCCGUCAGCAACCCCGACUACGUCCACUUCAAAACAUGGGCCACCAGCUUUGUCUUGAACCACGAGUCGCUGGACGUGUGUCUUCCUUCCCACAGCUAUGGUGGCAUCACAUGGACCUGCUCGACUUUGCGCAAACGUUUUCGCUUCGUGAGCGGCAAUACGAGCGCCGUAUCGACCGCUCCCGACUCCCCUGGCCCUCUGGCCGAAGAGUCUGCCGUUCUUGAGCAGCGGAGCAGAGGACCGACACCAAACCAACCGUCCACCGUACCCAUGGACGAUGAACCCGAUUACUUUGGCGACAUCGAACCAGAGUCUCAUGAUAUCGACGACACGUCGAAUGUGACCGACUGUGUGAUGAGGGACAACGGCGAGAAGUACCACUCCGACGAGUUCACUCAACAGGUGUUUCAGGCAGCCUUGGCGAAGCCGUCUUUCGACUGGACCCGCAUUCAAGCCACUCCAGAUCUGGGCGACCACAUCCUCUUUUGUCGAAAUACCGACUGGGCGUCUACGUCCCUGGGCCCCAUAGAGCAAUGGAGUCCAGAACUGCGGACCAUGGCCAAUAUGAUCAUGGGCAGUCCUCACCCAGCUGCCAUGUACUGGGGAGAAGACAACAUCAUCAUCUACAACGAAGCCUAUAUAGAACUUGCCGGCUCGAAGCACCCGAAAAUCAUGGGCAUGAGGUACCAAGACGCUUGGCCAGAGAUAUGGCACGAUCUCGAACAUCUUUUCAGCAGCGCCUGGACAAACGGUCAGUCAGUCAUGAAGAACGACAACCAGCUCUUCAUCAAGCGGCACGGAUUCAUGGAGGAGACCUUCUUUUCAUGGUCUAUUAUUCCGCUGCUGGGCAGUGAUGGUGAGGUAGUUGGACUCUACAAUCCGGCAUUCGAAAACACCCGUCGCAAGGUCAAUGAACGUCGCAUGCUUACGUUGCGUGAGGUUGGCGAGAAAACGGCCGCUGCUAAAGACGUCCGGGGUUUCUGGGCACGAGUAAAGGAAGGGUUAGAAUUCAACGACGUGGACGUGCCUCUCGCCCUCAUCUACUCGGUCAAGGACGACAAUAGCGAAAGCGAAGUGUCUUCUAUGCACUCGGGGAGCAUAGCGCAUCCACCAUUGCUGCACCUCGAAGGCAGCCUAGGCGUUCCCGAGGGACACCCAACAGCCCUCACUCAUCUCGACCUCAAGUCUUCAGAUGAAGGCUUUGCACCCUACAUGCGGCAGUCCAUGACGAUGCAAGGAGCACCCAUCAUCCUAUCGUCAGAGGCAGGCAACCUCCCGACCAAGCUGCUCGAAGGUCUCGAAUGGAGGGGCUUCGGUGACCCGUCAAAGACGAUUGUCAUCCUUCCCGUUCAUCCCACCACAGCCGGCGAGUCUGUCGUUGGUUUCAUCAUCUUGGGCACCAAUCCCCGUCGGCCGUACGACGAUGACUACCAGCUCUUCAUCCAUCUCUUGUCGAGACAGCUAGCGACGUCGAUGGCAUCGGUCGUGCUGUUCGAAGAAGAGAUCAGGAGGGGUCAGAGGGCUGCUCGCCUGGCCGCGCUGGAUCGUCAGGAACUACAAAUGGAGCUGUACCUGAGGACGCAAGAGGCGGUCGAAAGCGAGUACAAGUUUACGCGAAUGGCGGAAUUUGCGCCGGUUGGUAUCUUCAUUGCUAACGACAAGGGACUCAUCAACUUCGCCAACGACAUGUGGUGGCAGAUCUCCCGACACCCGAGAACAGAAGACAGCGUCAAUACGUGGAUGCAGAGCAUCAAGGAUGAAGAUCGCCCGGGUGUCGAGCGCUCUUGGAGGAAGCUCAUUGAAGAAAAGGAAGCCAUGACGAUCGAGUUCCGCUUCAAAUGCAGCCGCCAAAACGGAGUCAACACUAUUGAUACUUGGGUGUUGAUGAGCGCUUUCCCCGAGCAGACCGAGGAUGGCAACCUCAAGAGCAUCUUCGCCUGCAUCACGGACAUUUCGCCCCAAAAAUGGGCCGAGGACUUCCAGAAACAGCGCAGGGAAGAGGCAGUCGAGCUCAAGCGCCAACAGGAGAACUUCAUCGACAUCACGAGCCACGAGAUGCGCAACCCACUCAGCGCCGUGCUUCAGUGCGCCGACGAAAUUGUGAACAGCAUCGCCGAGUACCGCUCACAGCAGCACGACGACAAGCAGCUCGAGGUUCUUCUGGAAGGCUGUACGGAAGCCGCUAGCACCAUCAACCUUUGCGCCAGUCAUCAAAAGCGCAUCGUUGACGAUGUCCUAACCCUGUCGAAGCUUGACUCACAACUUUUGCUAGUGACUCCGGUCGACUCGCAUCCCGUUACAAUUGUGAGGCACGUCAUCAAGAUGUUUGAGUCGGAGCUGAACACACACGAGAUCAAACUGGAGUUUACAAUUGACCAAGCCUACAUCACUCAUGGUGUCGACUGGGUCAGGCUGGAUCCGUCAAGGUUGAGACAAGUCCUGAUCAACCUCAUGACCAACGCCAUCAAGUUCACGCAAGGCCGCGAGAAACGUCUGAUCACAAUGAGGAUGAGCGCGUCCAAAAAUAUCACCGAGGUCACAGAGAAGGGCGUUUCGUUUUUCCCGACCCGUAAGGAGGACGUUCAGGCCUUGACUCAAGAGAAGGACUGGGGCACUGGGGAAGAGAUCAAUCUCCACUUCUCGGUGCAAGAUACGGGGCCGGGUUUGCGCGAGGACGAGAAGAAGCUUCUGUUCCAGCGCUUCUCCCAGGCUUCCCCCCGCACUCACGUGCAAUACGGCGGGUCAGGCCUCGGGCUCUUCAUCUCGCGGAUGCUGGCCGAGUUGCAGGGUGGACAGAUUGGCGUCGUCUCCGAGAAGGGCAUUGGCAGCACCUUUGCGUUUUAUGUCAAAUGUCGCAAGACGGCAACGCCAAGCUCAGACUCGGCGACCCUCUCAGCGCUCAACCUGGCCCGACCCAUCAAGAGCGGGACCGCCUCGGCUCCGUCCACGCCUCCGCCUACAACUCUGCCCAGGCGGGCGUCUCACAAGAAGCCGGUCGUCGCAGCGACGCCGCUCUAUGACGUGCUGAUUGUGGAAGACAACAUUGUGAACCAGAGGGUUCUGCGGAAACAACUCCAGAACUGCGGCAACAACACCCACGUCGCGAACCACGGGGGCGAGGCGCUCGACCAGCUCAAAAAGUCUCGUUUCUGGGCCGGAAAAGAGGCCGAAGGAUUCGACCUCAGCGUUAUCCUCAUGGACCUAGAGAUGCCGGUCAUGGAUGGAAUGACGUGCGCCAAACGCAUUCGUGAAUUAGAGCGGGCAGGAACUCUUAUCUCGCAUAUACCCAUCAUUGCCGUCACGGCUUACGCGCGGCCAGAGCAGAUCGAGAGCGCGAAAGCCGCCGGUAUAGACGACGUGAUUUCCAAGCCCUUCAGAAUACCAGACUUGAUGCCCAAGAUCGAGGAGUUGGUUUCAAAAUACAGAACAUCAACCACUGUGGCAUCCGGGGCCUCGACUUAA